UGUGUAUGGAAAUUGAAUGCUUAGGCUUCCAAGUUUCAGACUGAUACCAGUUUGUUCACUCGUUCAAAAAGACCUAUUAUUUUGAAUAGUACUUAAGAAUCGAUUCACAUGGGUGGUUCAAAGGAACCGAUUCCCUCGCGAAUCUCCCAUCAACAGUGCUUUUAUGGUGUGUGUCGACUUGUAAAAGUUAGGGCGGGACAUUUCUUGACAGACAAGCAACGGAAGCCAUGAGAACCAAUCAGAUACAGCCAUAUUCAGCUCUACAGAAACAUUGAGAUCGUUGAGGAACUCAAUCAGUGACGCAUGGAGGGAAGGUUUUGACUUUAAGCGUCAUUAGCUACCUUUUUUCUCCCUUGCCUGUAUGAGGCAGUCGGCUUACAGCUCAUGACCACAGAUCUUUACAUGUAGAAACUUUUUAAAUGCAAGUGACCGUGGAGCACAUCCCGGCGCCACGGAGCGCCUCUGUCGCCUCCAAGUGCUUUGGUUCGUUGGCCAGAAGUUCAGUCUCCAACCUGGAAAAGCACCAGUCGCACCUUAGCCGGACAUUUCCGGGGAAAAAGAUGAGGAAGGAGCCAGACACAAUGAACUCGAGCCAAGACAGCAGUCUAAGGAAAAAGCUUCUCAGAGAACCAAACAAAUACAGUUGUUCAGGUCCUGUCCAACUCGCCAGAAGUUCUAACAGAGGCCUAUCGAAUGACCAAAGUGUCUCGGUGUGUUCUCAGAGCUCCACUGGUGACUGUAGCCCAGCCAGCCUUCUCACAACGUGUUCAUGCAGUGCUGGCUACGCUACAGGCUUCUCCACCGAACACAGCUCCAUCUACUCCUGGAGAUACGAUGAAUUUGACCGGGAAAAUACUCAGCAUGUACGGCAGCUCUUUAGCGCCCUGGAUGAACUGCUGUAUGAAGGUAAAAUGUGCAGUAAAUCUGAGUCUCUACGCAAGGAGUGUGAGGAGUGGAACACGCACUCCCCCCACCUCAGGAUUUUAGGCAAUCAACUGGCGCCUCCAAAGCAAGAGGGAAUUCAAUAUGUGCACUGGACACCCACUAGCACUAGGACUGCAGCAUCAUCACCUCCAUGCCUGGAUCCAAGAGACAACCACAGCGAGCUAUGUGUGGAGGGCUACCGACUAGCCCCAGGAUCCUGGUCUGGUCAGUCUGUACACUCUGGGUUACCUAUUUCAGAGCUAUCAUCCUUGCUUAUCCCACAAGAGGAGGAGAUGUAUGCGGUAGAGGGCAGGAUAGAGGAGUUUCUAGCUUAUGAUGGGAGAGAAACGGAAAAUGAGGGAAUGGAUCAGAGGAAGGCUUCAGCUGUUGCCUCCUGGGAUGGUAUACCCCGCGUGUCCCCCAACGCCUGCAUCCGUGAUGCUGUGGCUGAUUCACUGUUUGAUGAUGUAUGGCGGGAGGUAGUGAGCUUACUGGAAGAGCUGUUGCGUAAACACUGGGAGAAGCAACAUUCUGACGGAGCAACACAGAGAUGGAUGAUGGAGAGUACAAGCCAAAUCUUCUGUGAACCUUCAUCACAUCUCCCAUCAAGAGGAAGCCACAUUUCUCCUAGCAGAGGCUCUAAUAGCAGGAGCAUGUUUCUAUGGACAAACACCUAUAAUGGGCAGGACUCAAAUGUCUUUAAGACUAAUUUAAACGGUGUUAUGACAAUCCAAGCAAAGCCUUUGCAACAAAGACAGCAGGGAUAUGGCGAAAGGUCAUUGUGUGACUCAGACGACGGAAGCACUACACUCGCCACACUGAAGGCCCAAAGUGGAAUGAGUACACACUCGCACAAACCCUCUGGCCAGCGGAUUCUCCCCAAACUCAAUGGCAGAGCUCUUCUGUGUCAUAACUUCCCAGCACAAAGCUCCCUGCGAGGAACCAGGCUAUCCACUGUGGCUGAGGACCUGCUCACCCCACCUGUGAGUGCAGUUCAGAACCACAGACUUCCUCUCAUCCAAGCCGACUCUGCCGAGCAAGAUUGUAACAUUCCUGCUCUCAGACAUACACAGCUCAGGGGUCGGAUCAUGAGAGGUGGUGCAGUGCACACAGUGUCCAACCUUCCACCACUGAAAGAGCCCACCCUACUGCUGGAGUCCCUAUCCCGCCCCAACACCAACCACAUGUUCAGAUCAGACACACCGAUGAAAAGUUCUUACACAGCCAUGGAUUUUUCCUUUAGUAUGAGGACCGGGAAAAGCCUUUUCACUGGAAUCAUCUCCAAAACAGGUGAAGGCACACCUAUGGGUGUAACAGGCUUCAGCAUGGGCAUCACUUCUUCUACAGCAAAUGGCUUUUCUGACUGUGCCACACCACCAAAGAGACGCACACAUCUUCUCUCUUCCUCUGAUGGGGAAGGGGGGAACAUAACUGUACUUGGAUCAGUGGGAGCUCGGAAGGCAUUGAAUCGGUUUCCAAUACAUGGGAGGAAGAAGUUUCAUGUGGUAAUGCCACAACACAGUUAAACAAUGUUUACAAUGUUGAAGGACACCGCAGAGUGCAUCUCAUCUCCGACUGUAACAGUGUGGAAGAAUAAAAUAAUUUGGUGCUUUACAGUGCAUUUGCACUAACAGAACUUGUUGCUUUAUGGCCAGAUAUUUUAUAUACAUUGGAAAUGUAUAAUGUUAGCAAUUAUGCUGACCAUAUUUAAAAUUAACCUGUGUUCGCAUUUGUGUUCACUGAUUUUGUAAUACAUGCCUGUCUUAAAUGCUAAGUCAAUGUAUAUGUGAAAAUGACUAUGGUUAUGUAGUCCAAUAAAUUUAUUUUUAUAGAA